CGGCAGAAGAAUGCUUUUAGAAAUCAUGAGAGUUUAGCUUCUCAAAUAACUCUCGUUAAAGUAUUGUUUAUGAAAAAAAACUUUGCUGUAGUUUCCCAAUCUCUCUGCCUAGAAUGUAUCUAAUGCGCAUGCGCGCGUGUCUGCACGUAUAGGGCCCAGAGAGGAUUCCGGGAAUGGCACAGCGGGUUCCCUGUUGGGUGGAUAAGUGAAUGCAGGGCGAGGGGCAGUAGUUGUUGCUGAGUGGGUCGGCCAGGCUGAGAUAAUGGGAAGGCGAUAUUUCUGCGACUACUGCGAUCGCUCUUUUCAGGACAAUCUACACAACCGCAAGAAGCACCUGAAUGGCGUGCAACACCAGCGGAGCAAAAAGGUCUGGUUCGAUACGUUCAGAGAUGCUUCAGAGAUCCUUGCAGAAGAACACACCAAGAAACUCUGCAGGAGAUUCAUACAGUGUGGCCAGUGUGACUUUGGCCCUGGCUGCCGUUUUUCCCAUCUGACAGUAGAGGAAUUGGAAGCUUUAAAGGGUCAAGUAGAAGCAGAAAGAUGGGCAAGAGAGAUGCACAGAAGACAGUUGCCCCCUUGCAACAUAGAGAGAUGGCUUGAAGAGAGGGCCAAGAAGAGAGCUUGUAGUAAAAAUGAUUCUAUUUCUCAACCACCCACCUACCAAUUGCCACCUAGUUGGCCACCUUUGUGUGAGCUUCCUCCUUCACUCCGCCCCCCCUCAGAAUGGGAUGAACCACCUGGCCUGGAAUGGGGCUGAAACUGGAAGAAGAUAAGAAAGGACGUUGCUGGAAUGUAGUGUUCACUAAUAUUUUUUUUAUAAUAAAAAUGUAUAAAAAACAA